ACUUUUUUCAAAGAUAGGGUCUUCAGCUAUUUUUUUUCAAAACACAAGCUGCAUUUGGAUUGUCAAGCGUCAGUACCUCACAGCACUUGCUCUCCUCGCCCGAUAUAGCAAUAAUUUUAGUUGUUUUUAUCUCAUUGCAGCCCGCGGCCACUUUUGAAUUUGAAAUAAAACUAUGGGUUUCAAGGUGUUAAAUUACGUUAAGUACAUAGCUGGAUUCGUUCCAGAAGUUCAAAAACCAGAAAAAUUGGUACCCUUCAAGGAGAAAUUUUUGUGGACUGUAGCUACCUUGUUAAUCUUUUUGGUAUGCUCUCAGGUUCCGCUUUAUGGAAUCCAAUUUUCAAACGAAUCAGAUCCAUGGUACCGGUCACGUAUGGUGAUGGCCAGUAACCGAGGAACUCUAAUGGAGCUGGGAAUAUCACCUAUUUUAACAUCAGGUUUAAUAAUUCAACUGCUGUCUGGCACAAAAAUUAUCGACGUAGAUCAAAAUAACAAGGAAGAAGCCGCUUUGCUCGAAGUAGCUCAAAAAAUUUCUGGCAUUGCUGUCACUCUGUUCCAGGCAGCCAUUUAUGUGGGAUUUGGCAUGUAUGGUGACGUUCGAGUUUUGGGAAUCAACGCAGUUUUAAUCGUUUUUCAGCUGUUCCUGGCUGGCGUUUUGGUUAUUUUAUUGGACGAACUUCUCCAAAAAGGAUAUGGAUUAGGCUCCGCUAUCUCUUUUUUCAUUGCAACGAACAUUUGUGAGACAAUAAUAUGGAGCGCAUUUUCGCCGAAUACGGUCGGAAGUGGAGUAUCUGGGGUUCAAUUUGAAGGCUCCAUACUCGCAUUUUUCCAUCUGCUCAUUACUCGGCCAGACAAGCUUAAGGCCUUAACUGAAGCUUUCUACCGCAAAAAUCUUCCGAACUUGGCAAAUUUAUUGGCUACUUUCAUGAUCUUUGCCACUGUCGUCUAUUUUCAGGGGUUUCGAGUUGAUAUUCCUGUCACCAGCAAGCGCAUGCGAGGACACACGGGAGUUUAUCCCAUUAAGCUGUUCUAUACAAAUAACAUUCCUAUUAUUUUACAAACAGCACUUGUGUCUAACUUCUUCUUUUUGUCCCAGCUCUUAUACAAAUACUUUCCAAACUUCAUUAUAGGCGCCAUUGGAACUUGGCAGGAAAACCCUUACCAACCACAGCAAAUCAUCCCUGUAGGCGGUUUUGCGUACUAUAUUUCACCCCCUGCCAAUUUCAGAGAUGCCGUCUCCGAUCCUAUUCAUUCUUUCAUCUACGCCGCUUUCGUCCUAGCUACCUGCGCUCUCUUUUCUCGUAUUUGGAUCUCUAUCUCAGGAUCUGCGCCAGCUGACGUCUCCAAACAACUCAAGGAUCAGCAAUUGAUGAUUCGAGGACAUCGAGACGAUUCUACAAUACACAUUUUAGAUCGAUAUAUCCCCACUGCUGCCGCACUUGGGGGUUUAUGUAUUGGUAUUUUGUCUAUUACAGCGGAUUUCAUGGGUGCCAUAGGAUCCGGUACCGGCAUUCUUUUAGCUGUCACAACUAUCUAUAGCACUUUCGAGACUGCUAUUAAAGAGCAGGCUAAGACUGGCGAAAGUCUGGGAAUGGGCAUGUUCUUUUAAAUAUAUUUUCAUUUAUUAUAGAUAAUAAAAACAUGUCUAAUAAAAAAGUUAUUUCUGCUUUUACAACUUCUAAGCGCA